AUGUCUAGUGGAGUUGGUGACCAAGCAAUGGACCUUCAACUACGCCUAGAUGCCAUGAUGGGGGAGUUCAAGCAAUUGCUUAAAACCUCCAUUGAACCAUUGCAUGACCGGAUUGAUCAGUUGGAAAACUCGAAGAAUCUACAUAGCUCGAGUAAAGGCAAGGAAUCGGUGUACUCCAAUGAUGAAGAGGAUCCGUUUGAGGGGAGGUACCAAACUGAUCACCGUGCACAAAGGCGAGGAGACGACACCAUUAAGGGGGUCAAACUCAAAAUUCCUUCCUUCCAAGGCAAGUCUGAUCCCGAAGCCUACUUGGAAUGGGAACGGAAAAUCGAAUUGGUCUAUGAGUGCCACACCUACUCGGAGGAACAAAAAGUAAAACUUGCAGCCGUGGAGUUCACUGACUACGCCUCCAUUUGGUGGGACCAAUUACGACUAAGCCGAAGAAGAAAUCGUGAAAGGGCCGUGGAGACUUGGGACGAGAUGAGGAGUCUCAUGAGGAAAAGGUUCGUGCCGAGCUACUAUAGCCGUGAUUUACACCGACGGUUACAAUCUCUCACCCAAGGUUCCUUGUCAGUCGAGGAUUAUUAUAAAGAGAUGGAGAUGGCCAUUAUGAAGGCAGACUUGCGUGAGGAUGGAGAAGCCACUAUGGCUCGAUUUUUGCAUGGUUUGAGGCCCGAGAUUGCCGAAGUAGUGGAACUCCAACACUACCUCGACAUGAAUGAAAUGUUGGAGAAGGCGGUUACAGUUGAACGACGCCUCGAGAGGAGGGGAAGUACACGGCCUAACACCACGUACCAAGCUGGAAAUUGGCGUACCCCUCAACCAAAGAGGGAGGAGAAGGCCACGGCUCCGUCUCAACCACCAAGGCCGAAUGCCUUUCCACCCAAGGCAACAGCCAAACCUGAAUUUAAGAGUAAUAAUGGAGCUUCUAAACCGCGUGGCCGAGACACUAAGUGCUUUAAGUGUCAAGGCUAUGGUCAUAUUGCAUCUCAAUGUGCCAACCAAAGGGCUAUGCUACUAUUGCCAAAUGGCGAGAUUGUGUCCGAUGAAGAGGAGGAAUACGAAGGGAUGCCACCUCUAGAGGGUGAAGGGGAUGAUUCAAGUGAGGAGAUACCCACACAUGAGGAGAUUGGAUGCUUGGUGGUUCGAAAGGUCCUCACCACCCGCACCAAGGAAGAGGAAAUCGAGAUACAACGGGAUAACCUUUUCUACACGAGAUGUCAUAUCAAGGAUAAGGUUUGUAGUGUUGUUAUUGAUAGUGGGAGUUGUGCCAAUGUAGCUAGUCUACUCAUGGUAGAGAAGCUAGGGCUCCCAGUCAUCAGACAUCCUAGACCUUAUCGCCUUCAAUGGUUGAACAAUGAAGGGGAGGUCCGUGUAUUUCGACAAGUGAAAGUGCCAUUUCGAAUUGGCAAGUAUGAAGAUGAAGUCACUUGCGACGUAGUGCCAAUGCAAGCAAGCCAUCUCAUUCUUGGGCGACCUUGGCAAUACGACCGAGAUGUGGAGUUCAAAGGGAAAGCCAACAAAUACGUCUUUACUCAUUGUAAUCGAAAAGAAUUUGAGGACAUUUUUCCUGAGGAUGUGCCCGAUGGACUACCACCCUUAAGGGGAAUUGAGCACCAGAUUGACCUCAUUCCUGGAGCUCCAUUACCUAACAAACCGGCCUAUCGCAUGGGCCCUGAGGAAACUAAGGAGUUGCAAAGGAUGGAACUUGGAGAAUGUGCACUGACUGUAGAGCAGUCAAUGCGAUCACGGAGCUUAGAGGAGCACCUUGAGCACCUCAAAGCUGUUUUUGAUGUACUUCGAAAGGAAAGGCUGUACGCCAACCUUAAGAAGUGCACAUUUUGCACUGACUGUGUGGUGUUUCUAGGAUAUGUGGUAAGUGCGCAGGGCAUUCAUGUGGAUGCAGAAAAGGUCAAGGCCAUCCAAGAGUGGCCAACGCCUAUCUCUGUAAGUGAAGUGCGCAGCUUCCAUGGCCUAGCAAGCUUCUACCGCCGCUUCGUGAAGGAUUUUAGCACCAUUGCUGCACCUCUUACCACGGUCAUGAAAAAGCAUGAGAAGUUCUUUUGGGGGGAAGCACAAGAUAAGGCCUUCCAAUUAUUAAAACACAAACUCACACAUGCACCACUUCUUGCACUACCUAACUUUGAUCUUACUUUUGAAGUGGAAUGUGAUGCAUCAGGUGUUGGAGUAGGAGCCGUACUAAUGCAAGGUGGCAAGCCAAUCGCCCAUUUCAGUGAAAAACUAAGUGGUGCGGCUCUCAACUACUCUACAUAUGACAAGGAGUUACUUGCCCUUGUACGUGCCUUAGAGACCUGGCAACACUACCUCCGCGCCAGGGAAUUUGUCAUCCAAACUGACCAUGAGUCCCUCAAGCACCUCAAGGGACAACAAAAAUUAAGCAAAAGGCAUGCCCGAUGGGUAGCCUUCAUCGAGUCAUUCCCAUACGUCAUCAAGUACAAGACAGGUAAGUCUAAUGUAGUGGCUGACGCUUUAUCUCGUAGACACAUCUUGCUCACUGCUUUAGAUGCAAAACUCCUAGGGUUUGAGCUUAUGAAAGACUUGUAUACAAGUGACCCUGAUUUUUCAAAUGCCUAUGGGAAUUGUGGGAGGGCUAACUUUGAAAAAUUCUAUGUGCAUGAUGGUUUCUUAUUCUAUCUUACUAAGUUAUGCAUUCCCCAAGGUUCUAUUCGUGACUUACUUGUCCAUGAGUCACACAGUGGUGGACUAAUGGGACACUUUGGUGUCACCAAGACUUUAGCUAUGUUGCAGGAUCACUUCUACUGGCCACGCAUGCGCCGGGAUGUGGAGAGGAUUGUUGAACGGUGUGGUAUGUGCCACAAAGCUAAGUCUCGGGUCAACCCAAACGGUUUGUAUACUUCUUUACCUAUACCUCACCAACCUUGGGUUGACAUUUCCAUGGAUUUCGUACUUGGUCUACCUCGAUCUAAACGUGGUCAUGAUUCCAUAUUUGUUGUGGUAGACAGGUUUUCCAAAAUGGCUCACUUUAUUGCAUGUCAUAAAACGAAUGAUGCUUUGCACAUUGCUGACUUAUUCUUUAAAGAAGUUGUUCGUUUGCAUGGCAUACCUAGAACUAUCGUGUCUGAUAGAGAUGUCAAGUUUUUGAGCUAUUUCUGGAAAUCUCUAUGGGGUAGGUUGGGAACCAAACUGUUGUUCUCUACUUCUAGUCAUCCUCAAACGGAUGGACAAACUGAGAUUGUGUAUGGUUUUAACCCCUUAACCCCCUUGGAUUUGUUGCCAUUACCAUCUUCUGAGCAUGUAAACCUAGAUGGCAAGAAGAAGGCCGAGUUCGUUAGGACAUUGCACGACAAGGUUCGUGCCAACAUCGAGAGGAGGACGGCCCAAUAUGUACAACAAGCAAACAAGCACAGGCGCCAGCUUGUCUUUGAACCUGGCGAUUGGGUCUGGUUACACUUGCGCAAGGAGAGAUUCCCAAAGCAACGACAAAGCAAGCUAUCACCAAGAGGAGAUGGGCCUUUUCAAGUCCUUGAGCGCAUCAACGACAAUGCCUACCGCUUAGAUUUGCCUGGUGAUUAUAAUGUUAGUGCUACAUUCAAUGUCGCUGAUUUAAGUCCGUUUCUUGCAAGGGACGAGCACGAUUUGAGGGCAAAUCCUUUUCAAGAGGAGGGGAAUGAUGCGGACGAGAGCCAUGCUGUUCAAGUAGACCCUGUAAAGGUGCCCCAAGAGCCAAUGACACGAGCACGAUCCAAGAGAUUCAAGGAGUCGCUUCAAGCCCUGGUUCAUGCCGCCCAAGCCCAAGAGAAACCGCCCAUCGAAGGGAUUGAGUUUGAAGAUCCUAGAAAGACUACUAAAGUAUUGCUUACGCUGAGCUGCACGGGGGUCUCGCUAGCUUACGGGCCAUAG